AUGUCGAUCUGCCAGAAUGGGGCGCCUCCCAUGAUCCUGCCAUGGGCGAAUGUUACUGUCACCACGGACCAAAAGGCCAUCACGAGAGGCAUUCCUGUGUCGAUGGGAAACCCUCCUCAGAUAGUCUCUCUCCGACCAAGCACCGCUGAUGACAUCUUGUAUGUGGUCAACAGAGAGCAAUGCGCUCCAGAGUACAACUCUUCCUGCAUUGGACUGUACGGCGGGGUUUUCGACUAUUCAUCGUCCAACAGUUUCCUCCAGGUCGCCGAGGGUCAGUGGAAUGGCUCGAGCAAUUCGAAUCCUACCCAGUUAUCCUUUGUCACUUUCAACGAUCUCUUGUCCUUUGGCAACGCCAGCGUUUAUGGAUUUCCUGCCGUCUACGAUGAACCUGGGUAUGGCGGCCAAGGUGUGAUGCCAUUGGGAUGGGGAUCGGAUUUCCUCAGAAUCGCUGUCGAAUCCGACGCCGUGCCGUCCUCAGUAUUCGGUCUCUGGACAGGAAGCCGGUCAGUCAGCAGCCCAGUCGACGGUGCUCUUGUCAUCGGUGGUUACGACACCACCCGCGUCAACGGUGAACUGACCACUUUCAAUGCUCGCGAGACUUGCGAAAUGUGUGUGGUGGUCACCGAGUUGAGUUGGGAAUCGGACUCUGGUUCGCAAAACCUUUUCUCAAAUUCGUCGGAAUCCCUACAGAUCAACCUUCAACCUUCGGAGCGCUAUAUCUACGUACCACAGAAUGUCUUCGAUAACUUACAGACUGCGACGGAAGGAGUCUAUGUCGAUCCCUAUCUGGCUUAUGCGUCCUUACCGACCGGCAAUCUCAGUGUGACACUUCAAAACGGCUACAAGACCACGAUCCCCGCGGAGGAGCUUUUUAUGUACCCUCGUGGUUAUGAUGACGAUGGCAAGUACGAAGUCCUUGACAAUAGCUACAUGAUCAGUAUGGUUCUGAAUACGACCAAUACUGGCUAUGUCCUGGACUGGGGCAUUCCAUAUCUUACCAUGAACUACAUCAUCGGCGACUACAAGCGCGAGCAAUUCAAGAUGGCGCCCGCCAUCCGCACCGAUUUCUCCAAUCAAGGUGGUGGCUAUGCUAUGAAAGCUUCCUGUGAUCCCACAACAGCGCCUACCGCACCUCCGACUCCCAAACCCAGCUCGCAUCACAAAUCCAACAACACGGGUGCCAUUGUGGGCGGUGUGGUAGGCGGCGUGCUCGGCGUGCUCUUGAUCGCCGGCGGAGUGGCGGUCUUGUUCUACCGCCGCCGACGCAGGAACCGUGCCGCCGCAGCUAACGGUACGUACGGCGCGCCGGGCAUGACACCUAUGAUGACCGAAGGUGCAAUGUCCCCGCACGGAGGUAGCACUAUGGAAAGAUAUUCCCAGUGGACGGCCGUAAGUCCGACAGAUGUUGGUGCGAGCGAACUCGGCAACAACCAGAAGCCAGGAGGCAAUGUCCAGGUCAACCAAUGGCUCUCAAGCCAGUCCAGCGAUACGCAGACUGUGACGAGUGCAGCAUCACCUCCCCCCAUAAGUACCAUCCACAACUCGGAGAGCACCGAUCGACCCCAUGAGAUGGGCGCUCAGCCUUGGGAUACCAGGUGA